CUGAAUCAAACUGAUUACGGACCCGUUCGGUACAAUCCCAUUGCCGUCAGCAUCGAGACCAAAACCAAUCUUGAGGCUGGUGCAGACGCCCAAGUCCAGCUUACAACAUGGUGCACAGCCCAAGUGCAUCAGUUGCGCACAUUGCUUCGUGCCGCAGGCAAACCAGAAGCUUCCAUCCCACCACUGCCAUUGGUCAUGGUUCUCGGGCACGACUGGUCAUUU